CACGUUAUCACGUAGCCUAGCUUAACGUUACAGUUGUUCUUUAUUAACGUGCGUUGUCUGACGUGCGGGUGUCUCGUUGUUAUACAUCCGACCCAGGCCAGUAGCGGCUCGCGCAGUCCGAACCAGGACGCGAACUGUGUUAAACGCCAACGUUCGUCUGUAGAAAAUACCGACACCGACCUAAACUGAGAAAAAAGCCACGGAAGCGCGAGCGCUCUGUAGCGUAACUUCCCCUUCGUUGGAUGUUACGCUUCAUUUCCUAGUUAGCCGAGAUGUUGAGCUAGCUAGCGUCAGACGUCCACACCUUCCAGACUCACACGGACCAGGCUGCUGUUCUGUAGUCGUAGUUAUUCUUCUCCGUGAAGGGAUAUAUAUUCGCAAACAUGCCGCCAAGAACCCCCAAAACGCCGCUAAACGGACACUAAUAGGGGGGUUUGACUUAUCGAAAGCCUGGUGAUCAGCAAGCUAACGACCGUUGACACUCAUUCAUUCAGGAAGAAGAGGUACACUCGUGAAUCUCACACACCAGUCAUGGACUUCAACAAUUGUGUGGCCGUGUGGAUAUUUUACUUGUGUCUCGCUGGAGAAUGUUGGACCGAAAAACCGAGUUCACCCUCACCGGACAGUCAGACUGUAGAGAAUGGAGUGUCAGACUUUUGUCGCAUUGAUGUGCCGCUAUGCAAGGAUGAGAAUGGAUUCCUCAGCUACGAGGCCAUCCGUAGCAUCCACAAGCAGAUGGAUGACGACGCGAACGGCAAUGUAGACGUGGCGGAGACAGAUGGCUUCCUGAGAGAAGAUCUAAACUACCACGACCCCAAGGCCAAGCACAACACCUUCCACGGGGACGACCAGUUCAUCAGUGUGGUGGACCUGUGGAACGCAUGGAAGGGCUCUGAAGUGUAUAACUGGACAGUGGAUGAGGUGGUGGAAUGGCUCAUCACCUAUGUGGAACUGCCACAAUAUGUGGAGGCCUUUCGCAAGAUGCAUUUCAAUGGAAGUGUCAUGCCAAGGCUCGCCGUGAAGAACACCACUCUGACUCUCUCCAUUCUGAAGAUUCUGGAUCGCAGCCAUGUGCAAAAGUUGCAGCUCAAGUCUUUGGACACCGUACUGUUUGGAGCGCCCCUGAUGAAUCGACACAACCACUUGAAGGACUUCAUGCUGGUCGUGUCAAUAGUCAUAGGCAUGGGUGGCUGCUGGUUCGCCUACAUCCAGAACCGCUACUCUAAGGACCACAUGAAGAAGAUGAUGACGGACCUGGAGGGCCUGCAGAGAGCCGAGCAGAGUCUGCAUGACCUACAACAGAAGCUGCAGAUCGCCCAGGAGGAGCACCGCACGGUAGAAGUGGAGAAGGUGACCCUGGAGCAGAAGCUGAGGGACGAGAUCAACGCGGCGAAGCAGGAGGCCCAGCGGCUGAGGGAGCUGCGCGAGGGCACCGUGAACGAACUGAGUCGCCAAAAAUACGCUGAAGAAGAGCUCGAUCAGGAAUUUGGCAGGAACGGCCGAGCACCUCCCACACAAGUGCGCAUGGCGUUGAGGAAGGCAGAGAAGGAGUUGGAGUCUCGGAGCAGCUGGUCACCGCCAGAGUCUCUCCAGAAGUGGCUGCAGCUCACCCACGAGGUGGAAGUGCUCUACUACAACAUCAAGAAGCAAAACGCUGAGCGGCAGCUCCUGGUGGCCAAAGAAGGGGCAGAGAAGAUAAAGAAAAAGAGGAACACUCUGUUUGGGACUUUCCACGUGGCUCACAGCUCCUCUCUGGAUGAUGUGGACCACAAAAUACUGGCAGCAAAACAGGCCCUGGGCGAAGUGACGGCUGCUCUGCGGGAGCGGCUUCAUCGUUGGCAGCAGAUCGAGAUCCUCACCGGUUUCAUCAUCGUCAACAACCCGGGCCUUCCUUCUCUGGCCUCGUCCCUCAACCUGGACCCCAGCUUCUCGGGCGGCAGGGCCACACCUCAGCACUUCAUCAUGUCCGACGACAUGGACGACUUGGACGAGGAUAUGGUGCCCGGAACUCUGCAAUCUCCCAGUAUGAUGUCCCUGCGCCAACGCCACAUUGACCCCCAGCUGGCCAUGGGCUCCCAGAGGUUGGUAGAGAGUUGCCUGUUGGCGGGGCAGCAGGGGGAGGCGGCCCUAUACCCCUCCAGGUCUAGGGCCGCCCUCAGACAGUCCCGCAGCCAGUCGUUUGGGCAGCUCGAUUAUGUCCCUCUGCCUCUUUCCUCGGCCAUGUCUCACCCCUCCGUCAUCUCUACCUCCAACCUAAACCCUCAUUCCCAGUCCUCCUUGAUCUCCUCUUCCUACUGCUUGCCCAGCUCUGUGGGCGGUGUUGAAGCCCCUCAUUCCUCCUCCCAUCUAUAUCACACUUCUUUCCAGCCCAUGGAUCCCAUUCCUGAUUUCACCUUCUCAGAUGUCUCCAAAGCACUCCCCUCAUACAGCGACAGCUUCGGGGACCUAAAUCGCUCCGACUCCGACUCCUCCCUGUCCCUCUCUCAAGUUGGCGAUCGGCUAUCUGCCUACAGCUCCAAAGGCCAUCUAAUCAAGCCCACCUCCCUCCUUCACAGCCUGUCCGGCCGCGCAGAUGACGCCGUCUCCCUGCAUGCUCACACCCCCAACGGAGGGAACCGCAUUCACGAGUUCAGUCCUACAGAGCAGCCCCUUAUUCCCGACAGCCCCAUACUCAUGAAGGUGGUGUACGGCACGGAGCAGUCGCCCAGCCUGGGAGAGAUCAACAGUCUGUCGGAGUCGUCCCGCUCGCUCAGCCCCAACUCCACUGAACCUGACACACCGUCGCCAACAGGAGGGCAGCCGGGGGCGAAGGGGAACACCCGCAUCCCGCAGCUGUCCUCCAAGAAGAGCCCGCUGGAGGAGGACAGCGGCUCCACGGGAGAAGACACAGAUUCCACUGCCAGCCGCAAGAAACACACCUUCAAGAUCUUCAAGAAACAGAGGAAAUGAGGGCUACAUGAACUACAGGCUUUCACAGCUGUUUGACUGUAUUCCUCUGGUCUGUUUUAGAAAGAAGAAAAUGUUUGCGGGUGCAUUGAUGGUCCAACGAUGGCACAAUUUGUUGCAUCUUUCUGUAGGUACGACACCUACUCUAAGAAAUUGUGGGAGCAACCAGCUGUUGGGUUUUAUCUGCUUAUUGGGUCAAUGUUGAAUUUGUGGGUUUGUAUAUUGGAAUGUAAAGUAUUAUUUAUUCUGCAGGAAGUUGUGGCGGUCUCCAGAGGAAAGAUGUCUCCCAGUUGGUUUUUCUUUCUUGUUCUACAAUCUAUAACAUUUUGCAUGUCUUCACUUUUGUUUGACUGAUACUCGAAUGCCCUUAGUGUUUGCUUGGUUCUUGUCGUUAACCUGCCGAGACAAUACUUGAUGUUUCUUUUAUUACUACCUAACCUACAAGUCCAAAGUGAAUGUGCACUCCCCUGUUCCUCACUGAGUACUUUGUUUUUAUUGAAAGUUACACGUUUUUUUUUUUUUUUUUUCCUGUCUUUUGUUGUCUUCUUCUUGGCAGAGCAAAUGACACAUUCAAGAGAUCCUCACACAGACGAGUAGAAGCUCGGACUGUUACAUUUGGGACUCGGUACAUGUUUGACAGACAAAAGUGAAAUUUAAAAGCUGUUUGAUCACAGCAAUAGUAGCUUCUCGGUUUGAUUUAUACUCCUUAAAAGUGUAAAACAAUAUAGAUUAAAAAAAUGCUUAUAAUGAUUUUCAUUUGAUCUCAUCCAAGAGCACCUGGAUGAGAUCACUGUGUAUAAAAUAGAUUCCAAAAGGAGCAUCACACUGCAGCAUCAGACCUUUUUGCUUUAUUUUUAGUAUUUAAUUGUUGAGUGGAUAAAACAUUAGAGUAAAAGAAGUGCUUUGCUUAAACGUCCAGCUUUCCAACCAUACAAAUGUAACCACUGAUUAAUAUUUGGAUGAACAUGUGUCUUAAUGGAGGUGUUUGAAUUUCCUGCAUUAAGUAUCCAGUUCAAAUAUUAAUGUUACCAAAAAAACAUAAUUACCAAUGAGUUUGCGUGACAAUGAACUUUUAUCUGGCUUUCUAUGGAUUUAGAAAAUUAGGGUUCUACUUUGGAGAAAGUGUUUAACAUGAAAACAUAUGAAUCAAAGGAUUUAACUCAAAACACUUGAAGCACAUUUUUGUUAAACUAUUAAAAGAAAACCUUUGUUUUUAAGGAUUGUUAUCUUAGCAGAUAAAUGGCAUCCAACGUGUUGACUGGCUGCCAGUUUAACUUGGAUUUGUCUCCUGCUGUCAAUGGACAAAAACAGUUAUUCAGUAAGAGAUGGGUGCUGGUAAGGGCUACAGUUACAAGACAAAAUCAUUUGCUCUGUGUAAUACAGACGUUUUCAAGUUGCAGCCACCUUGUAAUCGACAUUGACAUAUGGAAGCUCAAGACCAAUCACGAUAAAGUGCCAAAUCACUAUCUCUGUCAGAGGGCUUUGUAUUUGUCGUGUGUGAGCACCCUUUUGCACACAACGCAAAACCACAUGAUGUAUAUACAUACAGUAUGUCACGUAUAUACAUACAGUAUGUCACGUAUAUCCUGAGUUCAGACAAUGAAUGUCAAAGGGUAUCGUUUCCGUGACGGUAUCAUCAGUACAGUAUGUUUACAGUUGUUACAGAUAAUUACACUCAGAUUAUCACGACGGAGAACAUUGUGCCAGUUUUAAUAUUGACGGCUUCUUAUGAGCACAGAACUAUGCAUCAGCAGUUGUAGGUGAUUACUGAAAGACGCCGGUACGCUUAGGGCGCUCCUGACCGAUGAACAACCAAAAAGUGCUGCAAAAGACACAGUCGGCCUCCCCCAGCCUCACAAUGUAACAGGUGGUUUGGAUGCAUAAGACAUGUUUGAAUAUUUUAUUUUAGCUUCAAAAAAAGAAAAAUCUUAUUUCCUACUGGUACUUUUUUUUAAAGUGUCAUUUGUAAUUUUUUGCACGACCAAGCUGUAAAUGGAUUCUGCCAUCUGAAUGUGUGUGUGUGUGUAUAUGUGGGUGUUUGUCUGCUUCCAGUAUAAGGGAUUGUAAUGUUGAUGCAUGUCAACUGCAGUAACAAAACCUACAUUGGGUUAAAAGAGUGGAUCCGCUUAAAUUCGUUACUCCCCACCCUACUUUUUUUUUUUUCCUUCUCUUUUAUUUUGAGCUAUUUAUGAAUACAAACAGUAUAUUUGUACAGAGAAAAUG